AUGAAUCGUUUCUUCUCAAGGUCCUCCUUUCCACUGCUUCUCUACUCCACCGUACGCUCCUCCUCCGCCUCCUCUAUUUAUCCAUCUUCCUCCGUUCUCCCCAGCCCUCUCCACCUCCGUCACUUCUCCAACAAGUCAGUGGAGAAGCUGCGCCACGUCUGGAUGUCUGGAUACGACUACGUUAAGAAGCGGACGGACAGGGAAAUAGUAUUAUUAGAAAGUCAUCGCUAUCCGAACUACGAAGACCCACGUUUUGUAUAUGAGGACGAGAUAGACAACAUACAUACCAAAACAUAUGUCACUUCCUAUAAAAAUAAAACCCUAUUUGACAUUUCUUGUUUUGAUACUUUUUUGGAGAAGAUAUGUUCUGAUCAUGUUGAUUUCAAAGUUGAUGUUCAGCUAGCUUCGCGUAUUUUCGACAGUGCAAUUCUUGUUCUUUCUUGUGUUGAUGGUGUUAAAACCAAAUCCAUUACUAUGGAUCAACAAAUGACAAGAUUUCAACUUCCUAGGCUUAUAUUUAUUGACGAUCUGUAUCAGGAAGGAGCAGAUCUAUGGAACAUUGUAGAUCAAGUAAAAUCUAAGCUUAAUCAUCGUUGUGCUGCAAUUCAAGUUCCAAUACACUUUAACGAUUAUUAUAUUGGAUUUGUUGAUCUUGUCAAGUUAGAGGCCUACUUUUUCCCCCUUAAAUUCUUUGCUAGACUUUUUGAUAAGUUAAAGGCCUACUUUUUUCGCUCUGAAACACCUGAUUAUAAUUAUGAUGUAGAAGUAGGAGAAAUACCCGAAGAUAUGCAAGCCUUUGUGUUGAAGAAAAGACGCGAACUCAUUGAAAUUGUGUCAGAGGUUGAUGAUAAACUUUCUAAAGCUUUUCAUGGUGGCAGCAAAAUUCCAGAGUCUGUUCUCGAUGAUGCAAUUCGUAGGGCAACUAUAUCAAUGAAAUUUGUACCAAUUAUCAUUGGUGAUGAGAGCUAUGAGACGUUAAAACUAUUAAUGGAGGGUGUAAUUAGGUAUUUGCCAAGUCCAAUCGAUGUUAGUAAUUAUGCUCUUGAUCUAAAUAAGAAUGGUGAGAAAGUUGAAUUGUCUGGAAGUAUUGAUGCACCAUUUGUUGCAAAGGCUUUUGCAAAUUGGCAUGAGAGAUUCCUCGUUUGGGCAAGAGACGAAGUUAAUAAAAUCGAGGAAGUUGAUGAAGCUCAUGCUGGAGAAAUUGUUUUUGUUUUUGAUGCUCAUCUUGAAUCUGGAGAUACUUUUACCGCCAAUGGGUCUGUUAGAUAUACAAUGACUUCUGCUGAUGUUCCUGCUUAUUCGGUCUCAAAAGAUUCCGGGCAUACAUUUUCAAAUGGUGUGAAUUGA